AGCGUUUGUUAGUUAAAUCACAUCUCAGGAGUGUCCGAGUGUCACGGUCACGCCCUUUGCCUCCGUUAUUUUAAUGUCAUGCCGCUUUUCCGUCACUAGGGAGAGAUAUGAACUCUCUCUCCCCCGCGCGCGCACACAAGCACACACACACACACACACACACACACACAGAUGCACAUGUGUUUAAAGAGCGUCCCGCGGCAGCACGCACUCACUGCAGCAUCGUCCCGCCGCGGGAUGGAUGAACCGGACGCGGCGCCUCAGCGGAACGGGUCCGCCGCGGGCGCGCGCAUGCACGGUUUGUUCACGGAAGAGGACACCGGGCGGCUCACAGUCGCGCUGACUCUGUCGGACAGCUGCCUGACGGUCCAGACGAUCAGCUGCGCUUCAGCGCCGGAGCACCUGGACCUGCGCGACUGCCUGGGGAGCCGCGCGCACCGGGGCGAGGCGCAGGGCGCGCAGCUCUGCUUGUAUUUCUACCCGUACCGGCGCCGCUGGAUGGCCUCGGGUCCGGUGCGCCAAAGGGACGAGCGGCGCUUUCGGCUCGGUACGGAGGGAAGCGAUGAGGACGCGAGCCUGCGCGAGGCGGAACGGUGGGCGCGCGCCAUCAACACCGCGCGGCGUCCGGAACACACGCACGGUGUGUUGUUCUCUGAGGUUCGUCGACCGUGUGGCGUGAUGGUAUUGGUCAAUCCUCAGAGUGGGCGGGGCCAAGCAAUGGCUCUUUAUAAUGGCCACGUUCAGAGGAUGCUCACCGAGGCAGAUAUACCGCACACACUCUUCAUCACAGAGCGUCAGAAUCACGCGCGGGAUCUGGUGCGGAGCGCUGACCUGACGCAGUGGGACGCUCUGGUCAUUCUGUCUGGAGACGGACUGCUGUUUGAGGUAGUGAACGGUCUAAUGGAGAGGCAGGAUUGGGAAAAGGCCAUCCAGACUCCUCUGGGAAUCCUGCCCGGAGGUUCAGGAAAUGCACUGGCUGCGUCUGUCCAUCACUACACACGAGCGUCUCCGGUGUGGGGUGAAGAUCUGCUGACCAGCUGUGGCUUUUUGCUCUGUAAGGGUCUGGUGUCUAAACUGGACCUGAUCUCCAUCCGUCUGUCGUCCGGCGCACGUCUCUUCUCCUUCCUGUCUCUGGCCUGGGGCUUCGUGGCCGACGUGGACAUCGAGAGCGAGCAGUUCCGUCAGAUCGGAGCGCUGCGCUUCAUCCUCGGCACACUGCUGCGCCUGGCCUCCUUACGGAUCUAUCAGGGAAAACUGGCCUUCCUGCCAGCCGAAAACGAGUGUGGAUCGGACUCCGCGAGCUUUUCCCCCUCCGACAGCCGGCUGCCCGACCAUCUGCUCGCCCCGCUGGAGCAGCCCGUCCCACGGGACUGGACGCUGGUGGAGGAGCGGGAGUUCGUUCUGGUGCUCGCCAUGUUCCAGUCACACCUGAGCGAGGAUCUGCUGGCGGCUCCGGACGCCCGCACCGACGACGGGCUCAUCCACCUGUUCUAUGUGACGGCGGGAAUCUCGCGCGCGGCGCUGCUGCGGCUCUUCCGGGCCAUGCAGAGUGGGACGCACCUGGACUGCGGCUGCGCACACCUGGUGUACCGGCGCGCGCGAGCACUGAGGCUGGAGCCGCUGAGCGCAGCGGGCGUCAUGACGGUGGACGGGGAGCGUGUGGAGUACGGGCCCGUUCAAGCGCAAGUGCACAGAGGAGUGGCCCGCCUCAUCUCCGCGUGAACCACCGACAACCGUUUAAGGGCCAGAUUAGAGUGCAAUUCCAUAAAAGUGCCGAUGGGAUGGAAAAACUCGGCGAGUGAUUUACUAACAAUGUGCACAGUAAAGAUCACAGACACAGUCAGAAAAUUUCCAUAAUGACCAGUACAAUCUACCAAGAGCAGCGCAAAUUACCGCCUGACUUACAUCCAUAAAUAAUGGCGCAAAUACCAGUAAUUUGAUGAGAGCAAAUGUUUGUAGCUAAAUCGUGUUGAGUGAUUCAUUUGAAUACUCUCCUCACAUAAAAUUUGCAUUUGAAAGGGAAACUCCUACAAAUGCGUAUUCAGUAAGGUCAGAUACAAAAAUAACUUGAAAAAGAAUUCUUCACUGCCCGUCCUGACAGUAAUAAUUUAACGCCAAAAGACGGUUUACGCUGACAUAAGCUGUUAGUAAAUCUGGCCCUUAAACGGUAAAUCCUUUACCUGAAGCAACCGCACAAUCCUGACUGGCUGCCGUUAAACUUGAAUUUAAUGUUCGUUUGUUUGUUUGUUUUAUUGAGGAAUUGUAACUUUGAGUGAAUCUCACGAAACCAGGUGUCCAGAUCAUAGCCUAUUUCACCCUAAAAUCAGAAGACAAAACAGGAAAUUAAAUUAUAUACUUCGUGGUUACAAGAUUGACUGUUUUUACUUUGACAUUGUUUCCCUGACAUAAAUUUGCAUAAUUUAAAUGUGGAAAAAAAUAAAAAAAAUCCUUAAAAAAUUGCCAAUUUAUGUUAAAAAUAAAUACUUAUUUUCUUUGAUUUUUGGGAUGAAAUCUGAACUUGAGCAGGUUGAGAGUCAUCACUUCUGAUGCUUGUUCAUCUGAAAACAUGUCUAGGUCACAUUUCACCCCCAAAAAACAAGAAAAGAAAAUUUGCUUUAGGAAAAUUUUAUGGUUUUACAAGUUUACAUUAAUUUUCCUGACAGUUAAACAUAUUAAACUAAGCUAUAAUUUUUUUAUUGAAAAAUAGCACAAUUAAAAAUAUCCAUGUGAUCUACAAAAUAAGCUUGAUUUUCUUUAUGCAAACAAAUAAAUUAAUAAAAUAUAUAUUUAUUUUCUUUGCCUUUGGAGGUGAAAUAUGAGCUGAGCAGGUUGCGGCUCGUUUUAGGGUCACACUUCACUCCAAAAAUCAAAAGAAAGAAAAAAAGAAAUGCAUAAAAUUGACUGUUUUUUUAUACUGACUGCUAAUUGACUGUUUUUACUUUAUGCAAAAUAUCAUUUGGAAUUGAUUUUCUGUGGGUUAAAUAUGAACUGAACAAUUUAAGAUUCAUCAUCUCUGAUGCUUUUGCAUCCAAAAACAUGUCCACGUCACAUUUCACCCCAAACAACAGAAGAAAUUACAUUUUGCAUUAGAUGACAUUGUGACUAUUUUCAUUACAGUCAAACAUAUUAUAUCCUAAAUAAUAAUUGAAAACAUUCCCAAUGCAAAGCUUCUUCAUUUAAUACAAAAGCUUUGUUUUCUUUAUGCAAAACACAGUUCCUUAUUUCUUUCCUUGGAUUUUUGGAGUGAAAUAUGAGAUCUGUCAUCUCUGAGGUUUGGUGAGUUUCAUGGUCUCUGAUGCACAGGCAUCUGUAUUAUGCUGGAGUUUAUGCUGCUGCGAUGCACCAAUCUUGAUUUUCAGAAGUGCCAAUGUUGAAAAUAUGAUAUAGUUUUUCAUCUUUAUUUUUCUAUGAUAUAAAUCAGGUUAUGUUUAUGUUUGUUAUUAUUUAAGAGCAGUUUGACUGUCAGUGUGUGUGUGUGUGUGUAUUUGUGAUUAAGCCUCACCAGCCGCCUGCACCAAUAUAUCGCAAUAUCAACUCCAUGAAAGUACGAAGGUUUUAUUAUACCUGCCGUAGACAAGCCAUUAUUUAAAAUAUAAAUACUAAAAUAGAAAAACAGAAAUAUUUUCCUUCUUGCCAUGAAACUGUUUUGCUGUUAUUAGCUGUUUCUCUACUGUAUGUACCAAACAUGCUGCCUUCAGAUCCUCCUGGGAAAUUACAAUUUUUCAUCAACAACAUACAAAAUAACUACUAAAUAUGCUGUAUUGUUGAUGUUGUAACAUGCUCAAUGCCCCGUCACUGAAAGCUUGUUUUUCUUGAAAUUCUUAUUAAAUGAUUUAAACUAUUUUAAAUUUUAAAAAGCUCUUUAAAAGACACAAAAUCUGAUUCACUUCUGAGGUCAGACAGAUUCUAACAUUACAAUUUUAAUUGAAUAAAUAAUAAAACAAGAAAAUGCACAGAUGUUCAUAAUGAGCAAAAGUUGUUUGCUUAUAUAAGCAUCAACUUGGUUCAUAUUCAUAGCAUAACCAUCUUUUAAAAUUAAUCUGUACAUUUUCCAAACAAGAUGAAAUGUUUAGAGACUAAAACCAUCACAGAAUUCAUCAAAUCCAUUGAUAACACUUAAGUUUGUGCUGCCGUUUCUCCUCCAAGAUGAUGUCACUUCCUGGGUGAUGUCAUCAGUGAAAGGUUAGAGGUUAAAACAUUUUUUAAAUGAGCAUCCAUAGCCAAAGCUGUUUGCUUCAUUGUGAACUAAAAUUAUUUUUAAAUUGUGAGUUUGUCAUUUUAGAAUGGCACUGAGGUUCCGGGGUUUAAAACAACCAAUAUUCAAGUAUUCAAGUACUUGCAUUAAUAAAAUUCAAUAAUAGCACAAUAUCUUAGAUGUAUUAAAGCUCAAAGUUCAAAAUAUCAGUAUGGGUUUUUCAGUGACCAGUUCUUUUAUGUUUGAAUUUUGUUCCUGAACAUUUUUGAACUUGAAAAUUUUUUUACAGGCUUGUACAGACCGGCCAGAUGCAGACCAAUGGACAGAUUCAGGCUUAUCAUGACUGAAAGGUUUAAAGCCGUAUAGAUGAUCAAACAUCCACAGGACAUGUUGUGUUGAUUUGUGUAUAUAUGACACUCUCUAGAGUUUGUAACGUGAACAGUGUGACUUAUUGAAUCAGAGUUGAAAUGAUGUAAACACUCCAUAUUGUUUUUGAUGGUAAAGGAAUUAUAUUUGUUUUCGCAAUAAUUUUGAGACAUUUGAUUUUUGUAUGUGUGUGUGACCAGAGGGGAACAAUCGGAAUAUAAAAUUGCUUUGAUUUAUUUGCAAAUUAAAAAUGUUCAUAUGAUUCCAACUUUACUGUGAUAUUUAAAUAGGAGUCUCUAUACUUGAGAUAAAUGUAAAAAUAUGUUCUAUAUUUUUCCAAUAUUAUAAAUUUUUAUGGAAAAAAUAAAUAAAAUUUCAGAUGGUA